UUUUUGUGUCAGUCUUUUAACCGUUUCGACGUGUUCAUCUGAAAACUAACCGCCAGGUGUGGAGCGGUGGACUCGGAUCCUUCAGCCACGUCAGCUAGCUUUUACCUCUGCUGUUUCUUACUGAGAACACGGCUGGGCUUCUCAUUGUUUUUCCGGUGGUUUUCUGUUUACACGACACUAUCCUGACUUAGAGUUUUUGCGGCCAUGGCUCCGAUGGGUAUCCGCCUUUCACCGCUCGGAGUGGCGGUGUUCUGCCUGCUUGGGGUCGGUGUCAUCUACCACCUGUAUGCCGGGGUCUUCUCCAGCCGCCUGGCUGCUUUCAGCAGGCAGAGGAGGAAAGUGGAUCUGAGGGACCUGCUGGCUCUGUCAGUGGAGGCUGCAGUAUUGGGUGGUAAAGAGGUGAAAAAGGUGCGUGAAGAAAAUGAUUUGAAAGAGCGGUCAAAGGGCAAGACAAAGGAGGGGGCCAAUGAGCUGCUGACAAUGGGUGACCUGCAGUCCCACAGGAAGAUGUAUAAUCUUAUGAGGAACACAUUCCCUGAAGUCACGGUGAAUAGUGAAGAGCGUGACGACGUAGUGGAUAAAACUAUAACCUGGAGCCGCAACAUCCCAACUGAUAUUGCAAAAAAGAUCCAGGGGGGAAAGGACGUUCCUGUUGAGAGUGUGACUGUAUGGAUCGAUCCUCUAGAUGCAACGCAGGAAUAUACGGAGAACCUGCUCAAGUAUGUGACCACUAUGGUAUGUGUGGCUCUAGAAGGUAAACCAGUUCUUGGGGUCAUACACCAGCCGUUCACGGGGUUGACCGCCUGGGCAUUUGUGAGUCAGGGAGCAAAUGUACAACCCCGGUCCUCCUAUAGCCUUACCCCUCCAAAGGUGAUUGUGUCACGUUCUCACUCUGGAGAUGUAAAAGCAUUUGUCCAUAAUGCUUUUGGAAACAGCACACCAAUCGUAGAAGCAGGUGGAGCAGGAUAUAAGGUGCUGUCACUAUUGGACAUGCACACGAGUGAAAACAUGGACCAGGCAGAUGUUUACGUCCACAUCACCCAUAUUAAGAAGUGGGACAUCUGUGCUGGUCAAGCACUAAUCAACGCCAUGGGAGGACACCUGACCACUCUAAAGGGAGAGAACAUCAACUACAGUGACACUCCACUCAACACAGGGGGACUGGUGGCCAGUGUAGGUGUGGACCAUAAGGCCCUGCUGGAGAAACUACCGAAGUUGGACUCUGAAAAGCACUGAAAGACAAACACAGAGCCAUUGGUCGUUUGGUCAGGUUGCAUUAUGGGCUCCUUUCUGCUGCCCUUCUUCUAAACUGAGAGUUGGCUGCAAGUGCGAGCAGACCUGUGUGAUUUCACCAUCCCACAGCACCAGACCGCUGUCACCAGCACGGGCGCCUAACAGGAACCGACAGUGGAUACCACAAUGGCUCUGAGUGCACAAUCCCCUACAUGCAUACAUACUUACUGGUAGGAGAAACGGUACAUCUUCUCUUCCAUGUGGAUUCAAACACAGAGACAUUUUCACAGUGAACACUGGACCCUUCACCUUCCCUUCACCUGCAGAAGACUAAAGGAGGACUCGCCUGUGAAGUGUUGACCCGAGGAGCACAACGCUGGAUACAACAACACUCGGCUAGACUGACCGACAUCACAGACAUGACAAACUCUUCACCAUCUUCAUCUCCUUUGUCAUGACUCAUAAUUAAAAUGAUGUUUUCAUAAAGAGAUAAAAUAACACCAUGGAUUCACAGGAACGGUUUCAUGAAUAUGGUGAUGUUACAGUCAGUGAAAUACACACUUUUAAAUACUGGGACAGAUCACCACAUGAGAGACUGAACAACUACUGGCAUUGGUUUAUACUGGCACGUCACUUUGGCACUUGAACACAGCCAACUAAUAAUCAAGCCCUUCUCUUCACCAGCACUGUUACAUUAAACUAUUCCUUUUGGUAAAGUGUAUUGCAGCUCUGCAGUGACAGUAAGCACCCUGGCAGUGUGUUUUCUGUUCGGUAAGCAGAUGGUACGUUUAGUGUACAGUUCAAGCUGGUGUCACAAAAAAUAUAUAUUUUAAGAGGUCCUAAGGUUUUUAGUUUUAGGUCAUCUUUACUCAAAAAAAAUGAAAAGACCUGCAACAGAGGAGACAUCAGUGGAACAUUUUGCUCUUGUCCUAAUCUUUCUCCUUCUCACCUCAGUGAAAAGUAAUUCAGUUUAGUGAAUAAUUACAAAUAGCAUGUGAUAUGACAAGAAUGGUGAGUAUCCUGGAGUAUCAGAACAGAAAAUCAUGACAAAAUGAGGACAAGCUUGACAGAAUAGGACACCAUGAAACUCCAGUGUCGAUGUACUGGGUCCUAAAGAGGACAUUUCGUAAACAAAUAGCAACUAUUUUCUUUAUCUAACCCAAGACCAUGUGAAUAUAUAUUGAAGAAGUCAUGGUUGUUCAUACAAAACUAUCACUUCUCCAUUGCACACAAUAGUGGGAGGGCUGUCAGAUCUCUGUGCGUUAUGGAACCAGCCUAAAAAAGAGUUGUUCUUCCUAUAAUGUUAUGAGAAUAAAAAAUAAUUCCACAACCAUCAUUGCUUUUAGGGCUGCAGAUGAUUUCUAUUGUUUGCUUUAUCAUUUAGUCUGAUGCAAGUAGUCCCUUAAUAUAUCAAAUAUGUGCUGUAAGUUACCAUAGUCCAAUGUUUAGUAAAAUAACUUUUCUUUCUUCACACAGGGAUCCAGAAGUCAGAGACAUCAUCAUCUGACAAAGAAAAACCUGCAUCUUUGCCUGUAAAUGACUAAAAAAAAAAUUAAGUGAUUGUCAAAACAUCUAAAAUGGCUUCAAUCCAUUUAUACUCACAACUGUGAAGGUGUGAAAUUUAAUUCAUCACAAAUUUCAGAGGUGUAAAACCCACAGCUGUAUAUACAGAUUGGACGCUGUAUUUUGAUUUCCCAUCCACCUUCACAGACUUAAUCUCUGAUUAUCUGCUGAUCCCUGUUCUGUUUGACAUUUCCGCAGUUAAUUGCAUCGUUCUCAGAGACUAACACUGACCUAAGCUGGGCUUGUUUUCUGCUGUAAAACCAUGUGAAAUAUGGUACGAAAGAAAAAAAAAACAAAACACCAGCAAACACAAGGUCCUGCCAGUGUUUUUCAAGUGUAAAAGUGACCUGUUGUGUGUUCAGUUUGUCUCAGCAACCUUUGUAUUGUUAAUAAGCUUGUACAGAUAAAAAGAAAAUACAGGUUAAGAGAUAAGUCUUUAUAUAAGUUCUGCCACAGGCUGAAGAUAAUAAAUUCAGAAAAGCUGUUAGAGGGUGAAAGGUCUGAUCUGGAAAAGAGAAAAUCUUAGCUAUCCUACUUUUUAAAGAUUGGACCUUUUAUGCGCUACACUAAAACGAGUGCCUUUUAAUCUGGACAACAUUGUUUCAGGAAUGAACAAUGGUGCAUGGUUUCUGUGGAUGUUGCUAUGGUAAUAAUGGUAAAGAUGCAGUAGCAGUGGAUGGAGCAUUAUGGCUGCACUAUCAACAAGAGUACUGUUUGGUGUGAAUGGAUAUUAUGAAUCCUGUGCGCUCACCUUAGUCUGUAUGAAAGAAUCAGUUGUGCUUAUGAGAUAAUAAAACCUUAUAAUCGAAGACCAGGAAUGGAUAUUUUUUUCAGCUCCACUGGAUAUGCUUGUUGAAUAAUUUCACAUUUUUGGCCACAUGAAUAGGAAAAUUGGUAAGUUUACUACUUCCACAACUUGUAAAACAAGUCUUGGUAGAAAUUUUUGUUGACUUUAGCCCCUUGCAAAUCGUUGACCUGAAACUUUGCAGAAAGGCGGGCUGUUAAAAAGAUAAAGGUCUUUUGAAUUGGUUCAAAUAGGAGUAUGUUCAGUUAGUCAGUAGUGGCUUCUGUUGAUCUUAUGUUUCAUGGUACUUUUUAUCCAUUUUAAAAGCCUCCUGCCAUGUAUCGAACCACUGCUACAUGUAAAAGCAAUAAAGACAGGCAGUGUUCCCUUCUGUGAGGGGGUGCUACAUGGCCCUAGGCUUGAGCUAAAAAUGUAAAUCUGUUUUGUUUUUUUUCCCAUUUGAUUGAAUCAUUUCAGUAGGUCUUUAAGUCAGAUACCUGUGUUCUUACAAAUAUUCAAGUUCAAUGAAGAAGAAAAACUUAAAGGUUAUAUUGCUGUGUGCCAUGUUGUUAACAGUUUGUAUGGAUUUCGGUUUCUUUGUGUGUGAACCGGCUGUGCCUGUCAGUUGGUCUGUGUCUGAAAACCAGGUUGUUGUACAGCUGCUGUGUCUCUCAUCCUGCUUCUGCUGUGAAUUUCCAAUAAAACGUCAGUGUGCAUGCUGGUA